AAACAUGGAGGCAAUUUGGCUUUACCAAUUUCGACUGAUUGUUAUUGGGGACUCCACUGUUGGAAAAUCAUGUUUAAUUAGACGAUUCACAGAAGGCCGCUUCGCACAAGUGUCGGACCCGACAGUCGGGGUAGAUUUUUUCUCCCGCCUGGUGGAGAUUGAACCUGGGAAACGCAUUAAACUGCAGAUUUGGGACACUGCAGGCCAGGAACGCUUCAGGUCUAUUACCAGAGCAUACUACCGUAACUCUGUGGGGGGUCUACUGCUCUUUGACAUCACCAACCGUCGUUCCUUCCAGAACGUUCACGAGUGGCUAGAAGAGGCACGUAGCCACGUGCAGCCCCACAGCAUUGUCUUCCUGCUGGUCGGCCACAAAUGUGAUCUGGAACCACAGCGUCAGGUGAGCCGGCAAGAGGCAGAGAAACUAGCGGCUGCAUACGGCAUGCGCUACGUGGAGACUUCAGCACGUGAUGCCAUAAACGUGGAGAGGGCUUUUACGGAGCUAACACGGGAUAUAUUCGAGCUGGUGAAGAGUGGGGAGAUUACUAUCCAGGAAGGUUGGGAGGGAGUGAAGAGCGGGUUUGUACCGAACGUGGUGCAUUCGUCAGAAGAAGUGACAAAGGGUGAUCGCCGGUGUUUCUGCUGAGUCCGUAAUCAUCACCCUGGAACCUAUCAAACAUUUGGGCCCU